CACUCUGUUUACACUCAUGACUCAUCACUACUACACUGCUCCCACUUCCCCUCACUCGCACGCAGACACUUCCCACACGCUAGGCACAAUGCCGUCAAUGCGCCUCGCCGCGGCGCUGCUCGUCCUCCUCCCCCUGGCCGCCUCCGCCGCCGACGGGAAGGCGGCGGCGAAGGCGCCCGCAGCGCCGCCUGCCCCGCCGAACAUCACGGCGUCGAUGGCGAAGGGCGGCUGCAAGGCGUUCGCGUCCCUGGUCGCGGCCUCGCCGGACGCGCUGGCCACGUUCCAGUCGGCCGCGGACGGCGGCGUGACGGCGUUCUGCCCCACCGACGACGCCAUGAGGUCGUUCAUGCCCAAGUACAAGAACCUCACCGCCGACGGCAAGGCGUCGCUGCUGCUCUUCCACGCCGUGCCCGUCUACUACUCGCUGCGGAGCCUCAAGUCCAACAACGGCGUCAUGAACACCCUCGCCACCGACGGCUCCGCCAAGAACUUCAACUUCACGGUGCAGAACGAGGGCGACAAGGUCACCAUCAAGACGGACGCCAGCGACGGGGUCGCGCGGAUCAAGGACACGGUGUACGACAAGGACCCCAUUGCCAUCUACGCCCUGGACACGGUGCUCGAGCCGGUGGAGCUCUUCGAGCCCGUCGAGGCGCCAGCGCCGGCGCCCGCCCCGGUCGCCGACGCGCCCAAGGCCUCCAAGUCCAAGAAGGCGUCCCGCCGGCACGUGGCGGACGCGCCCGCGCCGGCCGGCGACGACGCUCCGCCAGCGGACCAGAAGAACUCCAAGAAGAAUGCCGCGGCCGGCGCCCCAUGCCUGCGGUGGCUCGCCGCCCUACCGGUGGCCGUGGCCGUGGCCGCCGCCUUGGCUUAGCGGCGCUCCCGUUUCGAGGCGGAUCUGCAGGAGAGCGGCGGCGGUGUGUCGGUGGGCGGUGCCAGAGCGUGUGCUAGUGGCGUGAGGGCUGAGACUUGUGUUUUCUUGGAUCGAAGCUGCAUAAAUUCGUUUUUUUUUUCCUGUGUUCUUUCUUACUCCGUUGAUGUUGUUAGCAUGAACAAAAAAAAUCAAAUAUUGAUGUGGCAUGGUAUAUUCAAACA